AAUCUUUUUGGACUCUGGAGAUUGUGAUCGGCAUUUUUCAUUAUUUCUUAGAGUUUUUAGAGAGAAAGACGGAUUGAAGUAAUAACAUUUGUCAGUUGCAGCCCUGCUUUGAGCUAUUUAAAGCAUUUCAGUGAUGAAAAAGUGGAUGAAUGUCUAUCGGAGGUGAGUGUGGCGAAAGAGAGGGUGUGUCGAGGGUGACUAAAGUAUAUUUUGGCCACCUCCCACAUUCUCCCCUGUGUUCUGAAGGCCGUGCAGAUUUGAGGCCAGGCGGCAAACCUCAGCUCUGGCUCUGAGAUGAGUGGAAGUGAAUUUCAAACCUAAAUCACAAUGUGGUGUGCUUGUUUAUUUGGUUUCACGCUGUGAUCUGUCAUUUUAUUGCUCCGAAGGAUCAACCUUUGGCCGCAGAAAAAUGUUUUGAGAGUCAUAAAACAGGAGAAGAAUCUGAAUUUUGAACGGCCACCUUAUUUUUCAACAUCUUCACAAUAUUUUGACAGCUAGAAUAAAGUCUGCGUCACUUUCUGACUCUGACGGCUAAUCCAUUUCAGCUUCUCUGUAUGAUAAAGUGGAAUUUAGUGGACUUGUUGUAUGGCUGACAUUUGACCCUCCAAGCAGCUAUUCCCAAACUCAAACCUGGUUUGUUUUGAACUCUUGACACAUAGUCCUCCUUUUACUCUCAUUGCUCAGGGAUUGAGUCAUACUGCUGCAUUUUCCCCGUUUUCUAAUGCUGGCCUUUACUCUGCUGAGCUUCAGCUCCCAUUCGUCAAGGGCAGACCCAGAGCUCAGGCCCUCAUUAGAUGGACGGAGGGGAGUUUUGGGCAGCACGCCAAAUAGUCCCCAUGUUCAAGGAGCCAGGGGGUGCUGAUUGACAACACCCAGCAGCCAUGAGCAGGGGCUCGAUGGGAAAGAUGGGCAGGUCGGAGAAAGAGUUUGAGUUCUUGUGACUGCUGUGUUGAUGAGUGCACCCUGCAGCUGCAGCGCUAACAAAAAAAAAAAAAAAAGUUUACUUUCACCCCUCCAUUUCCCUUCCUGAAGUGAUUCUCGGGGAAUAGCAGCGAGUGGAAUUGGAUAAAUUGAAGUAGCCACGAAAGGCAGAUGCAGUAGCUGAAGGUGUCACCGGUGUUUACGCGAAGCUGUCAUUAGUAGCACUUCUUAUCUGCUCUGAGCUCAGGCUGUCAUUAUUUUAACUACACAACGCAUACGUCUCUGAGUGGGACCCCCUCCCCGUUUCUUCCAUGUCGCCCCCCCCCCCUCUUUCCAACUCUGACAGAUGAUCCAAACAGCUCGGCACUGACUCGCUUUACUAUGCAAAGCGUGUUACUCCAGCAGCCGCCUGCUUCCUCCGGUACAGCUCCUCUGAAAUGUCAAAGGUUUGCUGAACGGACGAGAGCGUGCGUGCCGGGCAACACGGCUGCUGGCAGGGGUCAAAGUGCACCAUGGACAGUGGCCUAAGGGUCCUCCUGUCCACUGUGCUGUGUCUCAGCCAGUCUCUGCUCAUCAGCUGCUCAUCUCAAUAUCCCUCUUUCCUCUCUGAGCCGGCCUCUCUGGUUCUGAGUCGAGGCUCUGCUGCUCACCUGCACUGCUUAGUAAGCCCUCCUUCAGCGGUGGUCUCCUGGCGCUUCAGAGGUCUUCCCCUGGUCCAGGACACCCUCCCCGGUGUGGAGCUCAACGCGGGCUCCCUCACCAUCUCCUCCCUUAAGCCCGGCCAUGUUGGCGUCUAUCAGUGCGUGGCACACUUAGGCCAUGGGCCAGCGAUCGCCAGCCGCCACGCGCGUGUGGACAUAGCAGAAAUCUCAGAAUAUGAAGACGGCAGACGGCGGUCGUUAUCGGUGCAGGAAGGCAGCACCGUCCUUAUAGAAUGUCCUCUACCGCACAGCGUGCCUCCAGCCCUGCCUCGACUCAGAGUACGAGGGAAGAGGAUAGAAAUGUCAACAGACGACUAUUUAGUUCUUCCAUCUGGAAACUUGCAGAUUAUCUCUGUUUCAGCCGAGCACCAGGGCAUGUAUAAAUGUGGUGCGUUCAACCCCGUCACUGGGGAAACCGUCGUGCAACCUCACGGUACUAAGCUAUCAGUAAAACAUUCAGACUCUUCCCCCCCAGUACGGAUCGUUUACCCCACCGCCCCGGUGAUUGUUUCGGUGCAGCAGUCUCAGCCGCUGAUGUUGGAGUGUACCGUGUCUGGUAGUCCUGCACCAGCAGCCAAAUGGUUUAAAAAUGGUAAGGAGGUCACACCGGGGCCUUCUCACCAACGGCAGCACAACAACCUGGCCUUUGUCGCGGUGACGAGGAGUGAUGAGGGGAGUUACACCUGUGCUGCUGACACCGAGCAGGGGACUGUGAUGAGCGCCAACUACACUGUUAAAGUUCUUGAGCCCGUGUCCAUCACGGAGGGCCUGACCAACCAGCUCGUCUCUCCCGGCUCCUCCGCUCGCUUCACCUGCACAGCGAAAGGAAACCCGUCACCCAACGUCACCUGGCUGUUCAACGCCGACCCCAUCACCCCGUCACAUCGCUUUCAGAUCUCUGGAUCCUCGCUGGUUAUUACAGAGGUGAUACCGCAGGACGAGGGCGUGUUUCAGUGUCUGCUGGACAACGGGAUUGGCUCGGCACAGUCGUCUGGAAUGCUCUCGACUCAGUCAGAUCCUCAGCUCGGCUCCACGGCCGGCGUGCUCCUGGAGGCUUCGCCGUCGCUUCAUUCCAUGCAGAGCGACGAGGGCCACGAGCGCUUCCUGACCGAGGACGAGGGAGACACGAUCAACCUGCCGUCUGACCGAGCUGGUGACCGUCCUACUCCAGAGGCUCCGAUCAUCAUCAGCCCGCCUCAGACUCAUAAGCCUGACAUGUACGACCUGGAGUGGAGGGCGGGGCGCGACGGAGGCAGUCCAAUCAACGCCUAUUUUGUCAAAUACCGUAAGGUCGAUGAAAUGGGAACAGUGGUGGGGAAUUGGCAUACGGUUCGAGUCCCUGGCAGUGAAAAGACUCUGCGGCUGUCAGAGCUGGAGUCCUCCAGUCUCUACGAGGUGCUGAUGGUGGCUCGGAGUUCAACAGGCGAGGGCCAGCCGGCCAUGCUCACCUUCCGCACCGGCAAGGAGAAGAGCACCACCUCCAACAAGAAUCCGUCCAAGCCUCCCGUCAUCCUGGUGCCCCCCAAAGCUCCAGAGGACAAAACCCCCAACACACACUUUGGUGUCGUCAUACACGACAGAGUACCCGAGGCCCCCGAUCGCCCCACCAUCUCCAUGGCGACUGAAAGUUCGGUGUACGUCACCUGGAUCCCGAGAGCCAACGGCGGCUCUCCGAUCACAGCCUUCCGUGUCGAGUACAGACGCGGCCGCAGCGCAGAGUGGGUAGUCGCCGCGGAUAAUAUCUCACCUCUCAAGCUGUCUGUGGAAGUUCGCAAUCUGGAGCCUGGCUCCGCCUACAAGUUUCGCGUGGUGGCGAUGAACAUGUACGGCGAGAGUCCGCACAGCAUUCCCUCCAAGCUGUACCAGGUGCCGCAAGCCAGCCCGCGCAUCGCGGACCGCCCUGUGGUCGGACCUCACAUCUCGUCCACGGACGCCAUCAGCGACACACAGAUCAUGCUGCGCUGGACUCAGUACAGUCCCUCGAGUAACAACAACACUCCGAUCCAAGGCUUCUACAUCUACUACCGGCCCACAGACAGCGACAAUGACAGCGACUACAAAAGGGACGUGGUCGAAGGUGUAAAGCACUGGCAUAUGAUUGGACAUCUCCAACCUGAAACCUCCUAUGAUAUCAAGAUGCAGUGCUUUAAUGACGGGGGAGAGAGUGAAUACAGCAACGUCAUGAUCUGUGAGACCAGAGCACGUCAGUCCCCAGGGUCGCCCAGUCAGCACCCCAUCACCCCGCCGGGCCCCCACCCGCAGGAGCCACCCAGCCCACCUGGAGGACUGCUGUACCUGAUUGUGGGCUGUGUUUUGGGAGUGAUGGUGCUCAUCCUGCUGGCUUUUAUCGCCAUGUGUCUGUGGAGGAAUCGGCAGCAGAACAACAUGCACAAGUACGACCCUCCCGGCUACCUCUACCAGCCGGCUGAGAUGAAUGGACAUGUUCUCGAGUACACCACGCUGCCAGGCUCUAGCCGCAUCAACGGAGGCGUCCACGGGGGAUACGGGCACAGUGGUCCCAUCUUACCUCAAGGCUGCCAUCACCUCCACCACAAACUCCCCAACGGCUUGGCUCUGCUCAACGGCAACGGCAGCCUGUUCUCACCCGGCCACCCACACAGCCACGAUGGCACCCUGCCACACAGCACCCGGGACUGCGAGCACUCGCACCCACACCACCACCAUAACGGUGGAGGCAUGUACACAGCUCUUCCCCAAUCAGAGUCGUCUGAAUGUAUGAGCUGUCAGAACCUCUGCAACAAUAACAGAUGUUACAGCAAGACCAAUAGCACUUUCUCCAGCGGCACUCUGCCUCUAAUGCAUCGCGUGGCGUCGUGCCAGCAGGACGGGCUGGAGAUGGUGCCUCUGGGCCAGGUUUCGUCGCAGUGCCACGGUCCCGACAGCCAGAUGCACUCUGGUGACCAGGGGGCCGACGCAGGGUACCAGCCAGACGAGGACAACGAGUCCUCGCCCUCGCAGCAUUCCUGCUGUCUGGUCAGGAACAAUGAAAACUGUCCAGCAGACAACACUGCUGAGGAGGAGCUGGACUGCGUGGACAUGGAGGGGCCUGUGGUGUGCUGGGAGAGUCUUGGCCUCCCAGACUUGGACUGUGACGAAAAGCCUGGGUGGAUCUCCAGCAGCAGCCUGGCAGGAGAGCUGAUCCAGCCCAGCCCACAGGAGGUCUGAACUGAACGCGGCCCACACACAAACACACAAACUCUCCUGCAGCUUGGGGGGAGGUUUUUUUUUUUUUUUUUGAGUAAAGAGACUGGGCCGAGAGACGGCGGUGGAAAUACCAGAAGAAGGAAGAGGACGAGCGAUGGGAUAGUCAGAGACACUGCAUGUUACGGUGACAAGGACACGAAACUUUGGAUGGACUGAGCUGAGCGGAGCGAUGUGGGAAAAGAGACUGAGAGCAAAGCCAGAUGGAGAGAAACACAAAGCAAAGGAAACAUUGCUCAAAGACAGAAACUAUAUCCCACUGGAGGGAAGACUCUCAUAAAAGAUCAAAAACUCUUUAGAUGACUUAUUUAUUUUUUGUAGUAGUAAAAUAUUAUUUCAUAUGAAUGUAUCUGUUUUAAAGGAAAAAAGUUUGUCUUUUAUAUUAUUUAUGCCUUUUGGAUGAGAAAUACUUUUUAUUUUUUGUUGUCGUGUCCCUCUGUGUUCCACCCGAGGGUGGAGAUUAGCAAUUGUCCGUGUAAAGUUUUGUAAUAAUAUAAAGAGAAGAUAUGGAAGAGUAAACAACAAACCCUAUUUUCAAUGUCUUUCCUCCCCUCCGUCAUGUGCAGCAGCACCCAAUGAAUGAUUGCCAUAGUGAAUUUCCCGGCGUCGGUCCAAAACCAUCGAUAUUUCUGGCAGGCCUUUGAUGUGGCUCCGUGAUGGGCUGUUCCUCUGCAGUGACCCCUGAACGGGGUGAACACUCCCUUCACUGUUCAGAUUAAGGCUGCUGCUCUUUGCUUCAGUGAAUACUUGAUAGCUCAUCACUUUACGCAAAAAA